CUCUCUCUCUCUUUCUCUCUGCUAUAAUUCGAAGAAUCAUUAACUUCCACGGAGAAUCAUUUUCUUCCUAUCCGCUUGCUCCACAGCGACUUCCGACUUCUCAGCCUCUGUUCGACGAUAAAAUUUCGCGCAGCCUAAGCCAAAGAAGGAAUCGAAGACCUACGGGAUCACAUUCCUAUCUGAAUGCUUGUAUAAAGAAGUAUUUGAUGCGCUAGAGCUUCUCAAUCUCGACAUUAUCAAUGGCGAUCGCGGCUUGUUUGUUGAUCGUUUUCGUCGGCUCUCUGUGCGUGGAGUCGAAGUACAUGGUGUACAAUACUUCGCAAGGGAUUGUUCCGGGGAAGCUGACCGUUCACCUGGUUCCUCACACGCAUGACGACGUUGGGUGGUUGAAGACGAUUGAUCAGUACUAUGUCGGUUCCAACAACACUCUUCAGGGGGCGUGUGUUCAAAAUGUAUUGGAUUCGCUGAUUCCGGCACUUUUGGCUGAUAAAAAUCGGAAGUUCAUUUAUGUCGAACAGGCAUUUUUCCAGCGUUGGUGGAGGGACCAGAGUGAGGCGGUCCAAAAUAUAGUCAAGCAGCUUGUUAGCUCGGGUCAACUGGAGUUAAUAAAUGGAGGUGUGUGCAUGCAUGAUGAGGCAACUGCACAUUAUAUUGACAUGAUAGAUCAGACAACACUUGGCCACCGGUUUAUCAAAGAGGUGUUCAAUGUGACUCCAAGAAUUGGUUGGCAAAUUGAUCCCUUUGGUCAUUCUGCAGUGCAGGCUUACCUACUGGGGGCAGAGGUUGGAUUUGACUCUCUUUUCUUUGCGCGAAUUGACUACCAAGACAGAGCUAAGAGGAAAGAUGAAAAGAGCCUUGAGGUUGUAUGGCGAGGUUCUAAGAGUCUUGGUUCAUCUGCACAGAUUUUUACCGGUGUAUUCCCUGAGAAUUAUGAUCCACCAAACGGUUUCCACUUCGAAGUUAAUGAUGACAGUGACUCCCCCAUUGUUCAGGAUGAUAUUGACUUGUUUGAUUACAAUGUCCAAGACCGCGUAAAUGAUUUCGUAGCUGCUGCUUUAUCACAGGCAAACAUUACUCGUACCAAUCACAUAAUGUGGACCAUGGGAACAGAUUUCAAGUAUCAAUAUGCUCACACAUGGUUCCGGAAUAUGGACAAGCUAAUUCACUAUGUCAAUCAAGAUGGGCGUGUCAAUGCACUGUACUCCAGCCCUUCAAUCUACACUGAUGCAAAAUAUGCAGAAAAUGAUGCUUGGCCUCUUAAGACAAAUGACUUUCUCCCAUAUGCAGACCGUGUAAAUGCUUACUGGACAGGUUAUUUUACAAGUAGGCCUGCUUUAAAAGGCUAUGUGAGAACAAUGAGUGGCUACUAUUUGGCUGCAAGGCAAUUGGAGUAUUUUAGAGGAAGGAGUAAAAUGGGGCCCAGUACUGAUGGUUUGGCUGAUGCUUUGGCAAUUACUCAACAUCAUGAUGCACUCACUGGAACAGAAAAGCAGCAUGUGGCUGAUGACUAUGCAAAAAGGCUGGCAAUAGGCUACAAGGGGGCAGAGGAGUUAGUUGCAGCUUCACUUGCUUGUAUGGUGAAGUCGGCGUCAAAAUCUGGAUGCAAGAAUCCAAUGACCACGUUUCUGCAGUGUCCACUUCUGAACAUAAGUUACUGUCCUGCAGCAGAAAUUGAUCUCUCUUUUGGAAAAAAAUUGGUUGUAGUUGUCUACAAUUCUCUCGGAUGGAAAAGAGAAGAUGUUGUAAGAAUUCCUGUGAUCAAUGAGAAUGUCACUGUUCAUGAUUCAAGUGGUACAGAAGUUGAGUCACAGCUCCUUCCACUUGAUAAUGCUUCUCUAGGCAUAAGAAAUCACCAUGCUACUGCAUAUGUUGGUAAAUCUCCAAGUGCAACACCUAGGUAUUGGCUUUCAUUUACAGCAUCAGUUCCACCUCUUGGUUUCAGGACUUACGUCAUCUCAACAGCUAAACGGGGAGCCCCCACUUCAGCAACCCAAACAGCUUACAAGUUGACAGCAAGUCAAAGUAACACUAUAGAAGUAGGGUCUGGAAAUUUGAAGCUUAUUUAUUCUGCAAAUGGACAACUUAAGCAUUAUAUUAAUAGAAGAUCCCAGGUUGAAGCAUCUAUAGAGCAAUCUUACAGCUAUUAUUCUUCUUAUGAUGGAAGUCAGGACCAUGAGUAUUUUCAGGCAUCUGGAGCAUAUGUAUUCCGUCCAAAUGGUACAUAUCCCCUCAAAUCAGAGAUUCCCUUUACAGUGUUGAGAGGACCACUAUAUGAUGAAGUUCAUCAGAGGAUUAAUUCAUGGAUAUAUCAGAUCACUAGAGUGUACAAGGAAAAGGAGCAUGCUGAAUUUGAAUUCACUGUUGGUCCAAUCCCUGUUGACGAUGGAAUUGGAAAAGAAAUUAUAACCCAAAUCACAACAGCAAUGAGAAGCAAUAAGACAUUUUAUACAGAUUCAAGUGGACGUGAUUUCAUUGAGAGGAUUCGAGAUUACAGGGCUGACUGGCACCUUGAAGUGAACCAACCUGUUGCAGGAAACUAUUAUCCUGUAAAUCUUGGAAUUUACUUAAAAGAUGAAAGCAAAGAGCUGUCAAUCCUGGUAGAUAGAUCUGUGGGUGGAUCCAGCAUUGUGGAUGGGCAACUGGAAUUAAUGCUCCAUAGGAGAUUGCUACGUGAUGAUUCAAGAGGUGUUGGAGAAGCCUUAAAUGAAACAGUUUGUGUUUCUGAUAAAUGCAUCGGUUUAACAGUCCGAGGAAAGUACUAUCUCAGAAUUGAUCCUCUGGGAGAAGGAGCAAAGUGGCGUCGGUCAUUUGGUCAGGAGAUAUAUUCUCCAUUUCUGUUGGCCUUCACUGAACAGGAUGGAGACAGAUGGACAAACUUCAAAGUACCUAUCUUUUCAGGGAUAGACCCCUCCUAUAGUCUACCUGAUAAUGUUGCAAUGAUAACCCUCCAGGAGCUUGAAGAUGGAAAAGUUCUCCUUCGGUUGGCACACUUAUACGAGAUUGGAGAGGACAAGGAUCUUUCAGUUAUGUCAAGCGUGGAUUUGAAAAGGUUGUUUCCAAACAAAAAGAUAAACAAAAUUACAGAAAUGAGCUUAUCGGCUAAUCAAGAAAGAGGAGAGAUGAUAAGGAAAAGAUUGGUUUGGAAAGUAGAAGGCUCUCAGAAUGAAGAGCCCAAAGUGUUGAGAGGAGGUCCUGUUGAUCCUAUAAAGCAAGUGGUGGAACUUGCCCCAAUGGAAAUUCGUACCUUCAUCAUUGAAACUCAACUUCCAGACUAAUACUGUAAGGAUAGGUGCUUGAGAAAGGGUUGCUUAAAAUGGCCAUUCUUAGUUCAAGACACUACUUCCAGCACCAAAUGACAAAGAGCUUCUUUGUUCAUUGAAGCAACGUCUGCAGCUCAAACUACACCAGUUUCUAUAUAUAUGCCAAUUACCCUAUGCCAAACUUGUAAAACCCUCUUACCUAACUUAUCUCAAUAAUCAGAGGGCACAAGGGAAUAAUGCUUAAUGCAAUGAAGUAACUUUAGAUUUUCUAGCUGUUAGUUGCUUGCUA